UCCCGUGUUCGCUGCCUUUGCUGUUCGCCUUGUGGCCGACCCUCGAGCCGCGCUGCACGUCGAGGGCCUGUCCGUCCACACUUUCUCGCACCGCUGGGCCAGCUCCAGGGUCUUCGGUAUGGACCUUCUUCACUUCCUGGCCUUCCUCUUUGUCCUGCUGCUCUCUGGGACGGGAGCCACAGGCACUUUGAGGACCUCCCUGGACCCAAGCCUGGAGAUCUAUAAGAAGAUGUUUGAGGUGAAGCGGCGGGAGCAGCUGUUGGCACUGAAGAACCUGGUACAGCUGAAUGAUGUCCACCAGCAGUACAAGAUCCUUGAUGUCAUGCUCAAGGGGCUCUUUAAGGUGCUGGAGGACUCCCGGACAGUGCUCAUUGCUGCCAAUGUGCUCCCAGAUGGGCCCUUCCCCCAGGAUGAGAAGCUGAAGGAUGCUUUCUCCCACGUGGUGGAGAACACGGCCUUCUUCGGCGAUGUGGUACUGCGCUUCCCAAGGAUUGUGCACCAUUACUUUGACCACAACUCCAACUGGAACCUCCUUAUCCGCUGGGGCAUCAGCUUCUGCAACCAGACGGGCGUCUUUGACCAGGGACCCCACUCGCCCAUCCUCAGCCUGAUGUCCCAGGAGCUGGGGAUCAGUGAGAAAGAUUCCGACUUCCAGAACCCAUUUAAAAUAGAUCGCACAGAGUUCAUUCCCGGCACCGACCCUUUCCAGAAGGCCCUGAGAGAAGAAGAGAAACGUCGGAAAAAAGAGGAGAAGCGGAAAGAGAUCCGAAAAGGCCCAAGGAUCUCGAGAUCCCAGUCUGAGUUGUAGCCUUGGAGCGGCUCUGGGCUCAAGGGCACCAGGAGGUGCCAGUCAGGAGGAAGAGGAGGCGGCGGGGUGGCCGUGGUGCAGCAGCAGCAGCUGUGGUGGUGAGCGCCAGCCACUUCCAGACAUGGAGGCCACAUUUGCUCUGCCCCCUGGAGCCAGGUCUGAGCCCAGCUGAAGGGACUGAACCUAAGAGAGCUGGAUUUCCUCCUAGGGGCCUUCAGAGGACACUGUGCCGCAGACACGACCCUGUGGAGACUGCUGGGGUUGGGUGGAGGGGAUCCUGGCCUGGACCUUCCUGGUGGGUUAGGACCACUGGCCGGCUGGCUGCCACCCUUUGUGGGGAAGCAGCAGAGCCAGGUUCUGAGCCAUGGGUGAAGGUACCACCCCUGCUGCUGGCCCCACUUGUCACUGAGCUGCCCAGCACAGGUCCCAGUCCCUCUACAGAGAUAAUAAAAGCCAGCAAACCCUUUGGACUGAC